UGUUUCCCAGUCGGAAAAAUAACAAAUUUGCUCAUUUUCUCACAAAUCUUCUUCUAACAACGCCGCUUUCAUACACACAGAGAGAGCAAAACCCUAGCCUGUCUCCCGAUUCCGGUAAGUAGGGCUUAGCCUUUUUUCCAUUUCGAAACAAAUAUCAAAUCAAUCGGUGAAUUUUGACUGCUUAAUUCAGGGUGUUCUUUGAUAUGUCUAGUAGGCAAGAUUCAGAUAUUGAUGAUGAUUUCAGUGACCUUUACAAGGAAUAUACUGGCCCUGUUAGAUCCAACACAAGUAAGGCACAAGAUAAAAUAGUGACAGAAAAAAGGCCUCAUGUUGGUUCAGAUGAGGAAGAAGAGGAUGCCCGCGACCCCAAUGCUGUCCCGACGGAUUUUACUAGCAGGGAGGCAAAGGUUUGGGAAGCUAAAUCCAAAGCUACUGAGAGAAACUGGAAGAAACGGAAGGAGGAAGAAAUGAUUUGUAAAAUAUGUGGAGAGUCAGGCCACUUUACUCAGGGAUGUCCAUCUACUCUCGGAGCGAGUCGCAAGUCUCAAGAUUUCUUUGAGAGAGUGCCUGCAAGGGAAAGCCAUGUGAAAGCUUUAUUCACCGAGAAAGUUGUAAAUCAAAUUGAGAAGGAUGUUGGCUGCAAAAUCAAAAUGGAGGAGAAGUUUAUUAUAGUCAGCGGGAAAGACAGACUGAUCCUAAGAAAAGGAGUGGAUGCUGUACAUAAAAUUAAAGAAGAGGCCGACAAAAAGGGUCCUUCUAGUUCUCAGGUGUCCAGAUCAAGGUCACCUGAGCGCCGAAGUCCUGUUAGCUCUCGUAUGGCACGUUCUGAUUCUCAGAGAUCCAAUAACAGCCCUCAGAGUGCAUCACAGUUGCACCAUAGGUUCGGAAGACAAGAGAAGGUUGUUGAUGAUCGCGGUCAUGAUGAUUUUCACAAAAUUGCAAGGGGUAGUUCACAAGCUUAUGGUAAUGAUGGAGCUAGAGGUCGAUCAAGCCUGUCAAAGUCUCCGGCACGCCCCGCUUAUGUGAGUAACUUGUAUAAUUCAUAUGAUGGUCAUGGUCAUGGUCAGGGAAGGGGUGUCUACAGGUCUGAUGGUUGCGAUUCAAGUAGACGUGGUUCUGACAUGAAAUCUAACCGUGAUUUUGACCGCCCCUCUGUUCCACAAUCCUUAGAGAAUGUUGAAUUGGAAUACCAAAAGGAUGCCAUAGAUCUGGGAAGAAUUCGGGACAAGGAAGAAGAUGAAGAGAAUCAGAAGCAUAGAGAGGCCAUCAGAGAAGUAAGAGAGAACUACAUGAAGAAAUUGGCCAUCCUUAGAGUUGAUCAUGCAAAGCAAUGGGAAGAGUUUCUUCAACUUGAUGCACUGAGGAGGCAACAGCUGGCAGGACAACGUAUGUCAGCCUCUGGUUUUGGCAGUUAUAAUCAACAGAGUCAUCAACAGUUUGAGAACUCUGCAGGUAAUCCACAUUAUUCUGGACCCAACAUACCAAUGGAACCAAGGGGAAGGUAUCCAAACCCUAUGGAUAACUACCAUCCAUCAAGGCCACAUGACAGUUACGACGACUUUCAGCGCCAGAGGCGUGAUGAUUUUGGGAAAGCCUAUAAUCGAUACUAGAUGGGUAGAUUGAAGUUUUUUGUGGACUUGAAAACUUUCAGGAUGCGAUGAAUCAGUCUGGGCAAGUUAUGUUUGGAGAUAGAGAAAGAUCAUGAGAGACGCUGAGUAUGGUAUCAUUGAUGUUGUAAAGACAAUUGAAUCAGGGUUCUUAUUUGGUUUUAGUGGUGGUACAUUUAUCUAGAUUAGUGAAGUUUGAGCUCUGGCGUGAGAUUUGAAAAUUCUUAAUAUCAUGGUAUACUUGCCUGCUUUUCAGUACUUUCAAUAUUGCAUAUACUUCAAGAAGCUUUUGAUCAAAUGAUGAGUGAUACAAUUUUCAUAA